AUGUUGCACUGUUCCCUCCCAGUCAGCCUUAUCAAAAGUGUCCGGAGUGGCUAUGCUUAUGCGUCUGCAGCAUCGUCAAAAAGUCUUUCCACUAGCGUCCCACAAGAAGAAAAGAAAUCUAGUUCGGAGUUUGUAAAUUUUCGCGAUCCAAAAGUUUCAUUUGCUGCAAUAUCAACAUCAGAGCUACUUCGAUCAUCCAUUGUAUUUCGCUUAUGCUCGUACCCAUUCAUUGUUAAAAACAAUAGGAAGCUAAUGGGCUUUGGAAGAAAAGUUCUCGGCCCAACGCUUUUCAAAAAACUUAUGAAGAGUACGUUUUAUGGCCAGUUUGUUGCUGGAGAAAAUCAGGAAGAAAUUCAAUCUUUGAUUCAACGCUACCGUCGAUAUAAUGUUAAAUCUAUACUUGAUUAUGGCUUCGAAAAAGAAGAUCUGGAAUCAGAUACUGUCAAAAAACUCGAGGGAACGUUGUAUGAAUCCUUAGAAUUGUCUGAUGAUUCUAGUAAGCGAAUAAAUAAUGAAAAUCAACCGGUUAUUGAAUUUGGUAAUAGACAAAAGAAUAUUAUCUCCUCUCGAACAAGUCUUUACAGCUCCAAAGGCCAAUAUGACGAAAACUUAAAAAUUUUAAUGGAAUGCAUUGAUGCCUCUGCAAGAGCUAUUGCGAAUGAUGCUUUUACUGUCAUUAAACUGACAGCUCUGGGCAAACCCCAAUCAUUGUUCCAAUUUUCUGAAUUUCUCGUUCAAGUGGAACGUUUCUUUAAUCUUCUAUCGGAUACAACUAAACCAGGGCACCAUACCCCUCCGUCAGUUGCAUCUUCUGAUAUUGAAAACGUCCAGAAGCGCCUCGAAAUUCUGGGCGUUGAAAUGGGUUGCGAUCAAUCAACAGGAUGUCUCGCAAUUCUUGAUAGAUCUGGCGAUGGGAUCACUAAUCUACUUGAUUGGAACCAUCUCGUACAAUUCGAGCGUGAUCUUGCAGAACUUUUUAAAAUCAAGAAUAAAGAGAUUGGUAGAACUGAACAGUUGGUUUCGACACUCACGGAACAAGGAGUCGAAGAAAUUAGGAAUAUGGUUCAUCGUAUUGACCACCUCGCUCAGUAUGCAAAAUCAAAAGGAGUGAGGUUAAUGGUAGAUGCCGAACACAGCUACUUCCAGCCCGCAAUUCGUCGAAUUACCGUGGAAAUGAUGCAUCGCUUUAACAAGGAGUGUUGUACAAUCUUCAACACUUAUCAGUGCUACCUCAAGAACGCCCUGAAAGAAUUUCGACAAGAUAUGCUUUUUGCUGAAAAAAACGAUUUUUUCUUUGGAGCCAAGCUUGUUCGCGGUGCUUAUAUCGAACAGGAACGCAAAAGGGCGAAGACAUUGGGUUAUCCUGACCCUACUAACCCCACCUAUGAAGCUACAACAAAGAUGUACCAGGACUGUUUCGAAGAGUUUUUGUCGGCUAUGGAACGCGUACCCCGGGGUCGUGUUUUAGUAAUGGUAGCUACGCAUAAUGAAGAUUCUGUAAAAUAUGCUAUAAAAAGAAUGAAAGAACGUGGUAUCAAGCCUGACCACCAGUUAAUAUGCUUUGGCCAGCUUCUAGGCAUGUGUGAUCAUAUCAGCUUUCCUCUUGGCAAUGCUGGCUAUUCAGUCUACAAGUACGUUCCCUUUGGAGCAGUUGAGGAAGUGUUGCCAUAUCUCUCCCGUCGGGCUUAUGAGAAUCACUCCGUGCUCUCCAAUGUCUCAGUUGAGCGUCAAAUGCGUUGGGAGGAGUUGAAGCGCCGUUUUCGUGCAGGCGAGUUCUUUACGAAGCCCUAA